GUGGCAGGGGUGGUUGCUUUUUCUCCUCUUUUUGUAUUCUUAUUAAAACCUCAACUAGUCUCCCAAACCAAUCCCCUCUCCUUCUGCAAUCAUCUUAUCAUCACUUGGACCUCCUCCUCUGAAGGUUUUGUACGUUAAUCUUAGAGUGUACAGUUAGUGAUUUCCAAGGCUGGUCUCCUUGUUUUUUUUUUGGAUUUGAGGCUGGUCUACCAUUUUCCUUUUCAAGUUUAAUUGAAAGAUCAGAAGAAGUUCCAAAACAAAUGGCACCAGUAACUCUUCCUCCUGGUUUCCGAUUCCACCCGACCGACGAGGAACUCGUCGCUUACUAUCUCAAAAGAAAGAUUAAUGGCCGGAAGAUUGAGCUCGAGGUCAUUCCCGAAGUCGAUCUCUACAAAUGUGAGCCUUGGGAUUUACCAGAGAAAUCAUUCUUACCAAGCAAAGAUCUUGAGUGGUACUUCUUUAGCCCUCGAGAUCGAAAGUACCCUAAUGGAUCUAGGACUAACCGAGCAACUCAAUCUGGCUAUUGGAAAGCAACAGGGAAGGACAGGAAGGUGAAUUCACAGAUGCGUGCGGUUGGCAUGAAGAAAACCCUAGUUUACUACCGAGGAAGGGCACCUCAUGGUGCUAGAACUGAUUGGAUUAUGCAUGAAUAUAGACUUGAUGAAAGAGAAUGCGAAAAUGCCACAGGCUUGCAGGAUGCUUAUGCGCUAUGUCGUAUAUUUAAGAAGACAGCUCCUGGCCCUAAGAUUGCAGAACAUUAUGGUAUCCAAUACGUUAACCGGUAUCAAAUGACGCCGAAUGAUCAAUCAUCUGCCCUAGAGCUGUCUCCUGAGAGAAGAGGUGAUGAUAUAGACAGCAGCUCUUGUUAUCCUUUUCCAUCAGAUACAUGUUCACCAGAUACAAUUCCAGGAUGUUCAUCACUAGGGAACAAUGAUCCAACAGAUGGGAAAUGGAUGCAAUUCUUGGCAGAAGAUCCCUUUGGUUUUCCAACCCCAGCUUUCCAGAAUCAUGGCAGUAUUUCUUGCCUUCCAUCUAAGGUGGACAUUGCACUAGAGUGUGCAAGGUUGCAACAUCGACUCUCAUUGCCUGCAUUGGCAGUGGAUGACUUCCCUCAAGUUGAAAUCAAUGAAUCAAAGCCGCUUCAAGUGGGUUCCUUUCGUAACAACACAAAUGAAACUGACAUAUUGCAGGAAAUUCUUUCAGUUGCUUGUGCCUCUCAAGAGCUCCUAAAUGAAUCCAACUUUCAAGUCUCAUGGCCAGGAAACUAUGUUAGUUUGGAUGAAUUUGCUUCCUUAGCUGAAAUAGAAAAAAUGGAAGAAAAACCACAGUUUUGUCAAGCUAAUGAUAUUUGUUCCUCGAGAACUACUGAGAAAUCAUGGGGAGUAGAUCAGUCAAGGUUUAUUGACAUUGGGGAUUUGGAGGAAGAGUUCAAGACUGAGAGAGUAGUAGAGAACUUGCGAGGGGUGGGGAUGCCCAACAAAGAUCUAGAGAAGAGAAUGAUGGAAGAACACAAGACUGUGCCUAUAGAAAAUGUUUCAAAUUUCCAAAGAGAGGAGUUGAUGAUCAAGGAUGAAAAUAUUGAUGAUGAUAACUUCAAGGACUUCAACAACUUCAAUGAAAGUGAGACAAGUGAUUUGCAAUUUACCAGCAACAACCCAAAUGUAAUUUUCUCUCAAGAUGAUGACUUGACCAAUUUCUCUAGUAACCCAACCUUUGAAGUAUAUGAGAAAGUUGAAGUUAACCAUGGGAUGUUCAUUUCGAGUCGCCAAGUAGCAGAGACAUUCUUCCAUCGAAUUGAGCCUUCGAAGACUGUUCAGGUCCAUCUGAAUCCAUUGAUGAUAUAUGACUUCCCCAUGGUGAAUGCAGAUCCAUCAUCAAGACCUCAAAAUGGCACUUUCUUGAGUAAAUUCAAGGCAUUUGCAAGAGAUAAGUUUAGGGGAAUCAGGAGUGCAAUGAAGAGGAGGAGUGGAUGGAGCCUAAUUAAUGAUACAACAAAUGCUGGUAUCCAUAUACUUGCACUUCUAUUGACAUCCUGUAUCUAUCUUGGAGCGAAUUCGGAGAACUUGGUAUUAAGAGAUGAAUUCUCUACUAAUGGAAAAACCAUGAUGGAGAUAAGAGAGACAAGCUGCUCUCCCCCAUUCAAUAAUGUUUGGUUUGCUAACUCUAGUGUGCUUCCACACAACAAAUGGUUAUUACUCACCAUUGCUUUGGUUGUUUAUGCCAAUUGGGGUUACAUCAUAUGA